AUGUCGGAGACUCUCCCAGAUAUCACGGCUCCUCCUGCCGCCGAUCAGCACAUUAUACACGACGGUGUCGAAUAUGCCACCAUCAAAGAAGGACUUGCUCAUAUUCUGAUACCUGCCUCGGCCGCAAAGACUCCCCAAACAACUCCCCGAGGAGACAACCAACCCCAAUCAGUCUUCUAUAAUCCCAUUCAACAGUUCAAUCGAGAUCUGAGUGUUUUAGCAAUUAAGGCUUAUGGGGAGGAGCUCCUAGAGAAGAAGCGGAUGAAGGCAGAUAAAGCUCGACAGAAACAAUCGACGAAAGGGAAAGACAAAAAACGUAAGCGGGAGGAAGAUGGGGCUGGCGAGCCUUCUAGAAAAGCCGGAAAGAUUGAGGGGAAGAGUCAAAUAACGGAUGCUGAGGCUACACAAGCAGAAGUAGACGCCCAUCUGAAGGGCGAUGCUAAAUCAACCAUUGAUAUUGAGCACGAGCAAAAGCCUGUCAAAGAUAUCGCAUCUACCGAGAUUCCCAGCGAAGCCAGCUGUCCCCAAUAUGUCACUUCAGAAACGCUCGACGCCAGCGCUGUUAGGAAACCCGCUUCAACCAUCCUGCCACCCAGCUUCACAAUUCUUGAUGCCUUGUCAGCUACUGGUCUCCGAGCGUUGAGAUAUGCCCAAGAAAUCCCAUUUUCCACAUCUAUCACAGCGAAUGACUUACUACCGAGCGCCGCAAAAACAAUACAGAUGAAUGUUCAACAUAAUAGGGUGGAAGGCAAGGUCGAAGCACUUACUAGUAAUGCUUCGGCGCACAUGCACAGUGUUGCCUAUGGCGAAUCGGAAGAAAGCAGAAACCCGUCAAAAAUGAGACCAAAAUACGACGUAAUUGAUCUUGAUCCAUAUGGCACAGCUGUCCCGUUCCUCGAUGCUGCUGUCCAGAGUGUUCGGGAUGAUGGUGGCCUUUUAUGUGUUACUUGCACUGAUGCAGGCGUCUGGGCUUCGAAUGGCUAUCCCGAAAAGUCAUUUUCGCUGUACGGGGGCGUGCCUAUCAAGGGCCUGCAUUCGCAUGAAGGUGGCCUCCGACUUAUCCUUCACGCCAUUGCCUCAUCAGCUGCGCGAUAUGGCCUGGCAAUGGAACCUUUGCUCUCCCUCUCCAUUGACUUCUAUGCACGAGUCUUCGUCAAGAUCCACAAGUCACCUGCAGAUGUUAAGUUUUUGGCAGGGAAGACUAUGGUCGUGUACAACUGUGAUUCUGGGUGUGGGGCAUGGACCACGCAAAUGCUCGCAAGAAAUAAAUUGGCAAAGAACAAGAACGGCAAUGGUUAUUUCUGGAAGCAUGUCUUCGGUUUAGCACCAACUACAGGCGAAAAUUGCGUUCACUGUGGUACAAAAACGCAUGUAGCAGGUCCAAUGUAUGCCGGUCCCUUGCACUCGCCUGAGUUCAUCAAGAAGAUACUGAGUGGUUUGUCAAAUGUGUCGAGGGAGACUUAUCAGACUUACGACCGGAUUGAAGGCAUGCUUAGUGUUGCACUUGAGGAAACGCUCCCACCUCUGGAAGAAAACACAGAUUCGCCCACGUCAACUGGAAAAACCAACAAAUAUGAUCCGGCCAUAGUUGACCCGUAUCCUUUCUUUUUCAUUCCGUCUACUCUUGCAAAGGUCGUUCAUUGUGUUACCCCCCAUGAGAAUGCCCUUCGAGGCGCGCUAAGGCACCUUGGGUACAGGGUGACAAGAAGUCAUACGAAGGGCGGAACCAUUAAAACGGACGCCCCCUGGAGUGUGAUCUGGGAAGUUAUGAGGGAAUGGGUGAAACAAAAAGCCCCGAUUAAGGAGGGUGCUGUCAAAAAGGAAACUGCGGGUUAUAAGAUUCUGAAGCUCGGUGAGGACAAGAGCGCGCCAAAUGGUGAGAACGGGGCAAAACAGGCGGAUGAGACAACAAGUGGCCAAAAGGAUCAACCUUCCAAAGACAAACCAAGCCUAACAGUAGUGUUCGACGAGCAGCUAGGAAAAGAAAAGGAUGCGAAGAAACUUGUUAGAUAUCAAGUCAAUCCACGAGAGAAUUGGGGGCCUAUGAACCGUGCCAAAGGGCGGAUAGCUUAA